CGGCACGGACACCAUGGCGUACACGUCCUCCGCCCUGUCCUUCAUGUGUGACCACCUGGGCAAGCCCGUCAUCCUCACUGGCUCCCAGGUGCCAAUUUAUGACCUGUGGAACGAUGGCAGAGACAACCUGCUGGGGGCGCUGCUGCCGCUGGUCUGUUUGACAUUCCGGAGGUACGCCUGUACUUCCGCAACAAACUGUACAGGGGAAACCGCGUCACCAAAGUGGACGCUGGGAGUUUCGAUGGCUUCGCCUCCCCUAACCUGCCCCCCCUGGCCAAGAUGGACGUGGAUGUAACGGUCUACUGGGACAGGCUGUGGAGAGACAAGACCUACACCAAGUUCUGCGUGAGCACAGAGCUGAACUGCAACGUGGGCCUGCUGAGGCUGUUCCCUGGGAUCACCACGGAAACCGUGAGGUCGUUCCUGCAGCCGCCCAUGGAGGGCGUGGUCCUGGAGACCUACGGCGCCGGGAACGCCCCCGACAACCGCCCCGACCUCCUGGCCGCGCUGAAGGAGGCCACCGACCGCGGCGUGAUCAUCAUCAACACCACCCAGUGUCUGAAGGGCACCGUGUCCACGAUCUACGCCACGGGCGAGGGCCUGUAUGCAGCGGGGCUGCUGUGCGGUAGCGACAUGACCCCCGAGGCGGUCUUCACCAAGCUGUCUCACGUCUUGGCCAUUGAAGGGCUGGACCUGCAGACCAAAAAGAUGAUGAUGACCAAGAACCUGCGAGGGGAGAUGAGUGCAGACCUGGGAGCCAAGUUGCUCAGCAUCAGUUGCAAGGAGAUGUGA